GAGUUUGGAGGACUAGUAGGAUGCUGAGUGCGUUUCCUCCUCGCCACUGCGCUCCAUGACCUGAGAGCGCCGCCGCAGCGGGAGGAACCGAGCACCAGAAAGACACCGAGGACGGAAGAAAGUCAAGUUCAGCUCUGAUUACUGUUUUCCCUUUCUGAGAUGGCGGCGACUGAGGUCAGUGCGGCGCCUGAGGUCCAGGAAGAUGGGAAAACCCCAGAAAGCCAGCCAGCCGAGGCGGAGCAGCCGGUCAAAACCGCAAACACAGAGCCUGUCGGCAGCGAAGUGGUGGAGAACGACGGCUCGGCGGCGGAAAACAAAGAGACUGUGAACAAUGACACGGCCCAGGAGGCCGGCGGUGAGGAGGAAGCAGCAGCAGCAGGUGGGGAGGCGGCUCCUCCUCAGAGCUCAGAAAGCGCCUCCUCUGCCGAGACCAAGACCUCCUUCCUGGACUCCUUCCUCAACAAGAGCGGCCUGGGGAAAGUGAUGGCGGGCAGGAAGAAGAAGGAACACGCCGCGGCCGCAGGGGGAGCUGAGGACGCCGCCGUCGAAGGAGGUGAGAAGGACGGAGAAAAGGCCGGAGAGGAAGGAGCGGAGGCCGAAGGAGGAGCCGAGGGAGAGGCAGCAAUGGACAAGCCUGCAGAGAACGGAGAGAAGGAGGAGGAGAAGAAGAGCAAAACCGUAGAGUCCAAAUCCACCGUCCGCGACCUGAUCCGGAAGCCCGUGGCGAGGAUCUUCUCCCAUCGCAGCACCGAGAAGAAGGACGGCGGCGCGGCAGAGCCCGAGAAGCAGGUCAAGGUCCGGUCCCGGUCCCUGGACCGCCUGGAGGACCCAGAGGCGCUCAACGCCACGGCGGACGCCACGGCGGAGGAGGGCGGAGCCGCAGCAGGAGCAGAGGAGGAGCAGAAAGCUUCGUCCUCAACCACCAAGCACAUGAAGCGCUGGCACUCCUUCAAGAAGCUCAUGGCUCAGAAGACGCACAAAAAGAGUGGCGGCGGCGGCGAGGACGGGAAGGAGGAGGGAGCAGAGGGAGAAGCAGGAGGCGGAGACUCCUCCACCCUGGACUCCAAGGAGUCCGGCCACAAGCGUUGGAAGCUGAAACGCUCCUGGACCUUCCAGGGUCUGAAGAGGGACUCGUCCAUGGUGGGCAUCAGCGGCAAGGCCAAGGGCUCGGACAAAGAGUCUGCCGACAAAACGGAGGAGGCCGCAGGGGGAGGAGAAGAAGAGGAGGGGGGCAAGGCUGAGGCAGGAGCCGAGGAGGCGAAGACGGAGGAGGAGAAGGCCGAGGGAGGCGAGGAGGAGAAGGCGGCGGGAGGCGGGACAGUGACGCAACACGCCAACGAGAUCUGGACCUCCUUCAAGAAGCGUGUCAUCCCCAAGAGCAAACGGGCCAACACAGAGUGCGCCCCUACUGGUGAGGAGGACGCCACUGCAGCCUCUGGUGAGGAAGCAGCUGCAGAGGAAGGCAAAGACUCCAAAUCAGCCAAGACCAAGCGUUCCCACUUUGGUCGCGCCGUUUCCCUGAAGAACUUCAUCAUGAGGAAGGGCAAGUCCAGCAGCGUGGAGCAGGGCGAAGGCGCCAAGGAGGAGGAGGAGGAGGAGGCCGCCGAAGGAGGAGACGCCGCCGAGGAGGGCGGAGCCGACGGCGAGGAGGGCGGAGCCGACGGCGAGGCCGCCGCAGCGACCCAGGAGAGCAACGACACAGAGAAGACUGCGGAGAGCGGAGGCGAGGCGGUGGAGGAGAAGACGCCAGUGGAAGCGGCGGAGACCAACGGUGAGACGGGCUGCUCCAACGGCGUGGUGGAGGAGAACGCCACCGAGAACCAUCAGGAGGAGGAGGAGCAGACGAAGGACAGCAGCCCCGUGAAGAAGAGCAAGGAGGGCAUGAAGGACGACGCCAACGCCAAGAUCAUCAACGCCACGGCGGCUGUGAACAGCGACAAAAAGGCGGGAAACGUGUGAGGCCAAACAAAGAGGAUUAAAACGGCCCGGGAUUCGCUGAGCAAGGAGCUCUGAGCCCCGCCCCCAACUCUUCCUCCUCCUCUUCCUCCCCAAUAAUCGGAGUAACCAUGUAAACAGAUCAGCCGGUGAGAUGAUGCAGUUCAUGUAGCCGAGAAGUAGAAACACUUCCUGAGAAAGCAAUAAUCCGCCUCCACCGCCAUGCAGACCAAACCUGAUCCUGUGUUUUUUACUUCUUCUUUGCUCGUCUGUGAGAUUUUAUAUCGUCUACGAAAGAAAACGCAGAAAUGUAAAAACCCUCCUGUAGCCCCCCCACCUCCAGCCACGUCUGAUUGGUGGAUUUAAAUGUGAAGGAAACAAAAGAAGAAGAAAAAAGACUCUUAGUUUUAUAUUGACCACCAUUUUUGCCCGUAGCCCCCCCAUUGCCCCCCCAGCCCCAGUAGAUAAGGACAGCCCCCACCUGCCCCCCCUGCAGCUCUGUGUGUUUAAUGUUUUAGACUGUUAUAUUGUGAACAUGGAAUAAAAAGAAAAGCAAAACAGCUUCGAUUCAAAAGUUUGUUUUUUCUGGUUUUUGAUUCUUUGUUUCUUAAACCUCCAUCUUCUCUGUGACGCUGUAAUGAAUAAAACCGUAAAAACAACAAUAAGAACCAUGAUGAUGAUGUUGGUCCCAUUUUCACAUGUCUGCUAGCAAAGAUAGAAAAUAAAAUCUAACAACUAAA